AAAGCAUAAUUCUUUGACGCGAAAAUGCACCACGCGUUCCAGUUAUGGCCGACAAUUCCAACCAGACGGAAUGGUUCGCUCGGUACGUCAUGGUUGGAGCCGAAUCCAGCGCCGUUUGCGCUCCGGCAGUGUCCUAAAGUACGGCCUCCUAUUAACCGUACUGGUCAUCCUCAUCGGCUUGUCGGCACUGUCAUCCUUUGACCUCCUCCAGAAUGUGGAUACAAUUGCUCAGAAAGUGGUGCCGCGUGUGGAGAGAAACGUUGCUGUCGAAGAAGAUACUGCGGGCAAAGUGUUGAAUGCGCCGGACAUUGAGAAAAAUGUUAAGCCCCGCGAGGGACCGGGUGAAAUGGGGAAAGCGGUGAAUAUUACGGCGGAGAUGCUGGGAAAGGAAGAGCGGGAGAUUUUCGAAGCGGGCUUUGAGCGCAAUUCAUUCAAUCAGUAUGCCAGUGAUAUGAUCUCCGUUAAACGAACGCUGCCGGAUAUGCGAUCGGAAAUAUGUAAGACGAUAAAAUACCGAAAGGAACUGCCCGAUACCAGCGUUAUUGUGUGUUUCCACAACGAAGCUUGGAGUACGCUCAUCCGUAGUGUCCACAGUAUUCUGGAUCGGACACCAUCCCAUCUUUUAAAGGAAAUUAUUCUCGUGGACGAUGCGUCUACUUUGCCCCAUCUAAAAGAAAAACUGGACAAGUACAUUGCCAAGUUUAGUAAAGUUAAACUUCUUCGUGCGAAGACACGGGUGGGCUUAAUCACAGCACGUCUGAUGGGAUUCAAAAUCUCCACCGGCAAAGUGGCGACCUUUCUGGAUUCGCAUAUCGAGUGCACAAAAGGCUGGGUGGAACCACUACUGGACCGGAUCGCAGAAGACCCGAAAAACGUGGUGUGGCCGGUCAUUGAUGUGAUCAGUCUGAAAACUCUGGAGUACACCCACGGCGAUCUGGUGAACAAUCUGAAUGUGGGAGGAUUUGACUGGGGGUUGCAGUUUAAUUGGCAUCGCAUUCCGGAAGCCGACAACAAAACACGCGCUCAUCCUUUCGCCCCUGUGCGGUCGCCCACGAUGGCCGGUGGAUUAUUCGCCAUUGAUCGUGCGUACUUCGAACAUCUGGGUACCUAUGAUCCCGAUUUCGAUAUAUGGGGUGGAGAAAAUCUGGAACUUAGCUUCAAGACUUGGAUGUGUGGUGGACAAUUGGAAAUGAUCCCGUGUUCACGUGUCGGUCACAUUUUCCGUGAAAAAUCUCCCUAUAAAUGGCGCGAAGGAAAAGAUGCAUUGAAAAAGAAUUUAGUGCGCCUUGCUGAAGUUUGGAUGGAUGACUAUAAAAAGUACUACUACACCCGCAUUUCAGACGACCUGGGUGAUUUCGGUGAUGUUAGCGAAAGAAUUGCACUACGCAAGCGAUUGAAUUGCUCCUCGUUUGACUGGUAUAUCAAAAAUAUUUUUCCCGGACUGUUUAUUCCGGACAAAGUACCGGCAUGGGGCGAGGUGAGAAACGAAGCGGAUGCUGGCAAAUACUGCAUGGAUGCCAUGGAAGAUCAUGAAAAUCAAAAAUCAACCAAUUUAACCAUCGAUGUUUGGCCAUGUCACGGACAAGGUGGAAACCAAUAUUUCAGCUAUUCUAACGACAGCGAAAUUCGCCGCGAUGACAAUUGCCUUGAUUUUUCUGGAAACCGGGUCAAAUUAUACCCGUGCCAUGGAUCGCGCGGAAAUCAGCACUGGGUGCACGAUCGUAACACAGGAGCAAUUUUCAAUCCUCCGUCCAAUACUUGCUUGGAAUUGGAUAUAGAACCGCUAAGUAUCAGAACCGCUCCGUGCGAUCCAUCUUUACCGGAACAGAGAUGGAUAUUCGCUAAUUACUUGAACGACACAUUAAGUUCUAACAGCACUGGUGCUGAACCAUUGAUUUACGCCGGCCCACCACCAAUCAACAAUAUUAUAUACACGAUGGGACAUUUCUACCAAAAAAUCACCCGCAAUCUGCGCCGUGUUCGUCUAAGAAUAUCACCGGGAUUGGCGGUAAAAUACGGCGUUGUGGUGUGUUUAUUUGUCCUGUGUUUUUAUGCCUUAUUGUGGAAAAAUACCCCGUAUGUAUCCACACCGCUACCCGUGGAGAAAUCCCCGCUGGACGCACCGGAGAGUGCGGAACGGAAAGUACUGCAAGCCCCUGUCCAUGUGGAUGUGGACAAACUGCCCGAGCGACAUGUUGGACCGGGCGAGAUGGGUGAACCGGUGGUCAUUAAGCGGGAGCAGUUGGGAGCGGAAGAGCAGCUACUGUAUGAUCAGGGAUUUAAAAAGAAUUCCUUUAAUCAGUAUGCGUCGGACAUGAUCUCGGUCAAACGAUCGCUGCCGGAUAUGCGACCUCAGACAUGUAAGGAUGCCAAAUAUUUGACGAACUUGCCGACAACCAGUGUGAUAGUUUGCUUUCAUAAUGAAGCAUGGAGUACACUAUUGCGGACUGUCCACAGUAUCCUUGAUCGAUCCCCCGCACAUUUACUCAAAGAAAUCAUUUUGAUCGAUGAUGCAUCGGACUUAGCACACUUAAAAGAGCAAUUGGACAAUUAUUUUGCAAAGUAUCCUAAAGUAAAAAUCAUCCGAUCUCCGGAGCGAGUGGGAUUGAUUAAGGCACGUUUGUUGGGAUACAAACAGGCUACCGGAAGCGCUCUGACGUUCCUGGAUUCCCAUAUCGAAUGCACUGAAGGUUGGUUGGAGCCGCUGCUGGACCGCAUCGCACGUGACGCCACCAAUGUCGUUUGGCCGGUAAUCGAUAUAAUCAGUGAUAAGACGUUUUCCUACAAAAAUGAUCCCGAUGCCGGGACACAAGUUGGCGGCUUUGACUGGGGAUUACAGUUCAGCUGGCACACAAUUCCUCAGCGCAUCGAGAAAACCCGUAAGCACACUACGGACCCGGUUCCAUCGCCGACCAUGGCGGGUGGAUUAUUCUCCAUUGAUCGGGAUUUCUUCGAGAAGCUUGGCACCUAUGAUCCGGAUUUUGACAUAUGGGGUGGCGAAAAUCUGGAAAUCAGUUUUAAAACAUGGAUGUGCGGCGGCAAGGUGGAGAUGAUUCCGUGUUCUCGUGUCGGGCAUGUGUUCCGGGAUAAGUCGCCGUAUAAGUGGCGUACCGGCAAAGAUGUCCUCAAGAAAAAUCUUGUCCGCUUAGCAGAAGCCUGGAUGGAUGACUACAAGCAGUAUUAUUACGAAAGGAUCAACAAUGAAUUAGGAGAUUUCGGAGAUGUUUCGGAACGGCUGGCCAUACGGGAACGUCUGAAAUGUAAAAGCUUUGAAUGGUACUUGGAAAAUGUUUAUCCUGAGCAGUUUAUUCCGGGAAAGGCCAUUGCUUCCGGCGAGAUCAGAAAUGCGGCUCUUUCUGGUGCAUAUUGCGCUGAUGCCGACACGGAAGCUGCCGAAGCAAAUCAUAGCAUAUCAGUGGCUGUAUAUCCUUGCCACGGUCAGGGCGGGAAUCAGUACUGGACAUACUCCAACGCUAGCGAAAUCCGCCGCGACGACAAUUGCAUGGACUGGGCCCGAAAAAGAAUCAGGAUUUUACCUUGCCAUGGCUUAAAAGGAAAUCAGGAAUGGGUACAUGAUCGAAAAACUGGACUAAUACGUAAUCCGAACUCGGAUACCUGUAUGGAAAUCGUGCCGGAUUCGAUGACCAUUACUUUAACCGAAUGCGAUGAAAACAUCAAAGCACAGCGAUGGAAGUUCAAGAAAUACCUCGAAGAUGCUUCUCCCAAACCCAAAAAGAAGUCAAAACUCAAGAAGUCAAAUUUGUAACCUUCCGCAACCUGUACUAACCAUUUGAAAUGGUUGUCUUUCUCUUCCGGACUAAUGCGAACGCUUCCUUUAAAUGAUCAACGAAAUACUGUUUUUUAUCUUUGUUAAUUGUUGCUACUCUGUGAUAAAGAAAUCCGAGAAAUAACCUGAAUAUUUAUAUACUCGCAGGCGUAAUUUUCAUAUCGACAAUAAAAAAACGUUUUCCCAAAUAACAAAAA